UUGAUGAACUCAGGUUUAGUGCUUAUGGUUCCAGCCACUUUUUCUCUGCAUGGGUCCUUCUCAAACUCUUGGAUGUCUUCUAUCUUCCCACGAAAAUUCACAGAGGAGUCAGCUUUUGCAAAGCUGCGAAAGUUGUUUGUUGGAAAUUUUGGUAGACUGAAUUCGGUUGGUAAUAUUAGUACUGCAAUUUGCCAUGGUUUCGAUAAGUUCCCUGAUGGAGAAAUGGGAGAAGACGUUAGUGGACUCAGAAAAGAUGGAUCUUGUUUUCUUCAUUCAAAGGAAAGCCAUGGUAUUCAUGCUGAUUUUAAUACCUAUCUUUGGCUUUUGAAGGGAUGUCAAAACUUUGGGUCACUAACACAUGCUAAGAAGCUACAUGGAAGAAUUUUGAAACUGGGUUUUGAUAGAGAACCCAGUUUGUGUAAUGAACUAAUUGAUAUUUAUUCUGAUUAUGGUGACUUAGAUGACGCUAUUGAGGUGCUUGUGACAUUUUCUCAACGAAGUGUAUACUCUUGGAAUAGUAUUAUUUCUGGGGCUCUUGCGAGGAAAUCAAAUCAUAGGGUAUUGAGUUUAUUUUCACAGAUGUUAGCAGACCAUGUUAACCCUGAUGAACAAACUUUUAUCAAUGUUUUCAGGGCGUGUGUUGGAGCCAAUGUUGCUUUCCAUUUUAUUGAGCAGGUCCAUGCGAUGAUUAUUCAUAAGGGUUUUGCUACUCAUCCAGGUGUUUGUAAUCCCUUGAUUGAUUUGUUUUCAAAGAAGGGAUUUGUUGAUUCAGCUCAAUUUAUCUUUGAGGAAUUAUGUUCACAGAGUAGUAUCUCUUGGGUAGCUAUGAUCUCUGGUUUUGCUCAAAAUGGCCGUGAGGAAGAAGCUCUCCUCUAUUUCUGCCAAAUGCGGAAAUUAGGUAUUAAACCAACACCUUAUGUGUUCUCAAGUAUCUUAAGUGCCUGCACUAAAAUUGAUUUCUUCUGUCUGGGAGAGCAGAUACAUGCACAAGCUUUCAAGAUGGGGUUCUCAUCUGAAACUUUUGUAUGCAAUGCUCUUAUCACCCUAUAUUGCCGUUGCAUCAACUUGAUAGCUGCAGAGCAGAUUUUCACUGAUAUGAGCCAUCGAGAUGGAAUCACCUACAACUCGCUUAUAUCUGGGCUUGCUCAACAGGGGAAAAGUGAUAAAGCUUUUCAACUGUUUCGCAAGAUGCAGCUUACAAACUUGAAACCAGACUGUGUUACCAUUGCAAGCCUUUUGAGUGUCUGUGCCUCUGUUUGGGAUUUUGACAAGGGAAAACAGCUCCACUCCUAUUCUGUAAAGGCAUGGAUUACUUGUGAUAUAAUUAUUGAAGGUUCUUUGCUUGACUUAUAUGUCAAGUGUUCUGACAUAGCAACUGCUCAUGAAUUUUUCAAUAUGACAGCUAAGGAAAAUGUAGUUCUCUGGAAUGUGAUGCUUGUGGCUUAUGGGCAGUUGGGUAAUCUAAGAGAGUCCUUUGAGAUAUUCUCCCAAAUGCAAGUUGCUGGUAUGAAGCCUAAUCAGUAUACAUAUCCAAGUAUACUUAGAACAUGUACUUCUUUGGGAGCUCUUGACCAUGGAGAGCAGAUCCAUGCCCAUGUCAUAAAAACUGGCUUUGAGCAUAAUGUAUACGUCUGCAGUGUGCUUAUUGAUAUGUAUGCCAAAAACAAAAAAUUGGUGGUUGCUAGGGAAAUUCUUGAAGGGCUCAUGGAAGAUGAUGUGGUCUCAUGGACAGCCAUGAUUGCAGGGUAUGCACAACAUGAGUUCUAUGUUGAUGCUAUAAGACUUUUCGAAGAAAUGCAAAUUCGAGGGAUUCAAUUAGAUAACAUAGGAUUAUCCAGUGCUCUCAGUGCAUGUGCUGGAAUUCAAGCAUUAAGCCUAGGACAACAAAUUCAUGCCCAAUCUUGCAUUUCUGGUUACUCGAUGGAUCUUUCAAUUGGUAAUGCACUUGUUAGCCUUUAUGCUAGAUGUGGUAGACUACAAGAGGCAUAUUCUGCAUUUGAGACAAUCGAUGUUAAAGAUGAAAUAUCGUGGAAUGGAUUGAUAUCAGGAUUUGCACAGAGUGGCCAUUGUGAAGAUGCUUUACAUGUGUUUGUCCAGAUGAAUCAAGCAGAUUUGGAAGCUAACUUAUUCACCUUUGGUUCCGCAGUUAGCGCUGCUGCUAAUAUUGCUGAUAUAAAACCAGGGAAGCAGAUCCAUGCACGAAUGAUAAAAACUGGUUAUGACUCUGAGAUUGAGGCUGGUAACGUUUUAAUUACUUUGUAUGCCAAGUGUGGGAACAUUGAUGAUGCCAGGAGGCAGUUUUCUCAAAUGCAUGAGAGAAAUGAAGUAUCAUGGAAUGCCAUGAUCACAGGCUAUUCUCAACAUGGAUGUGGUAGUGAAGCCUUGGAUCUCUUUGAGGAGAUGAAACGACAAGGUUUCUCACCAAACCAUGUUACAUUUGUGGGUGUUCUGUCUGCUUGCAGUCAUGUGGGUUUGGUAAGAGAGGGGCUUAAUAACUUCAAGUCCAUGAAUGAUGAACAUGGUAUAGUUCCGAGACCAGAGCAUUAUGCUUGUGUUGUGGAUAUUCUUGGACGGGCUGGCAUGUUGGAUUAUGCAAGAGAGUUCAUAAAGGAGAUGCCUAUUGAACCAGAUGCAAUGAUCUGGAGGACUCUUCUAAGUGCUUCUGCAGUUCAUAAGAAUAUUGAAAUUGGUGAAUUUGCUGCUCAACAUCUUUUGGAAUUGGAGCCACAAGACUCGGCAACAUAUGUUCUCCUAUCAAAUAUAUAUGCAGUGGCUAGGAAAUGGGAUCGUAGGGAUCAAACAAGGCAGCUGAUGAAAGAAAGAGGUGUAAAGAAGGAACCUGGUCGUAGCUGGAUUGAAGCAGAGAAUAGUAUUCAUUCAUUUUUUGUUGGUGACCGUUUGCACCCACUAUCAGAUAAGAUAUACGAGUUCUUAGUGGAUCUGAAUUUACGGUUAGCUGAAAUUGGUUAUGUGCAGGACCAUGGUAGUCUUUUGCAUGAUAUUGAGCAAGGGAACAAGGACCCAACUGCAUAUAUUCACAGUGAAAAGCUAGCAGUUUCUUUUGGGCUCAUUAGUUUGUCCCCUGCAAUACCAAUACGUGUAAUUAAGAAUCUUCGUGUUUGUAAUGAUUGCCAUAAUUGGAUGAAGUUUGUCUCUAAGGCUUCUAAUCGGGUUGUUGUGGUGCGAGAUGCAUACCGCUUUCAUCAUUUUGAAGGUGGCGUAUGUUCGUGUAGAGAUUACUGGUGAUUGGGAGGGUCUUAUUAUUUUUCUUCUCUUCAAAGAAUGCUCAAAUUCUUCAGCUUUUGCACAGGUACCAUAUGGCUCUUAAAGUUGGGAAUCUCGUGCAGAGGCAAAGUAAUUACCAUUCAGAACUAUGUUUGACGGGGACUGCAGAGAGAAGAUUGGAACUCUCGCUUUAGUUUCCACUAUAUGCAUGAUCAAGUAUCAACAAUAGUGACUUACAUUUUCCCAUGAAAUGUAAACAUAAAAUCUUGCUAGCCAUCAGUUCGAUGAAGGGAGACUCAGGGGAAUCCUUUUGUUACUUGGAAUUCAAAGAUCUCUUGGUAUGUAAAUCAUCGAAAGGCAUGAUCAAAGCCGAUGAUCAUAAAUUAUGUCCUCCAUCACGAUCUCAAAUGAAACUAUCUUUGGAAUUGUGUGCCGUGUGAAACGUAGAUCAUUGCUGUUCCAAGACUCAGGUUAAACUCCAUAUCAGAACCUUGUGGGGUUAGUGAGUAGGGCAUCCCAAGGUUGGCACAUUUUUUUGGGUUUGGAGAAGCACUGGGAAUGAGACAGCUUAAUAGCUUCUGAGAACCAUGAACAGAGUUGGGUUUGUGUUAGAUCAGUACACCUAAGCAUUCUGAAGAGAAUUCAUAUGGAAGCAGUUUGAAGGGAAUUUGCAAUAGAAGACCUUGCAGCAACUGAAGGCCACAUGCUAUUGGAUUGCAGAUCCGAAUGUUCUGGGCUUACAACUUGCAAUUGUAUUGGAGGGAAAGAAGGAAGACAGUCCUGUGAAUGAGGAUGGAAAGGUUCCUCUGGUUGGAGAGACUUCUAAGAUGAUCUUUGGUGGGUGCAACAAUUUUUACUGCUUCGGUACUACCAUGAAGAUUAUGUAUGGGAUCUGAUUGAUAAGACCAAUGGAAGGGCUGGCUGGACCAAGGUUUUAAAACAUAGGAUCGGUCUCAACCGAUAAAAUUAGUGUUUUGGAUAACCAUUAUACCUUACCAGUGGAUCGGUGUCGAGGAUCAGUCCUGGCCAAUACGACCUGAUCCGGGUGAGCCUUACUGAUCCAAUCUGAUUUUUUGGUUGAACCAUUUUCAUACAAUGGAUCAUUGUCCACUAUCCUACGGGUCACACCAAUUGUACCUCCAUAUGGUACCUUGUCCAGAUUUUCCCAAACUAUUGUUAGGGUGCUGUUCCAUAGAGUUAAUUUAGGUAGGGUUUCUUUGAAGGCACCAUUUGUUUCUAAGGGGUGUUAAUUGCAUAGAUGUGAAGUGAACUAGUGAAGUAAAAUUAGAACAAAAACAAAGUAGGAAGUUUUGUAAUUAUUACCAUAAAGAACUGUGCAACUAACUUAACAACAUAUUAAUUUUUUUUUUUU